UCCAAAUACUUUUCUAGGCUAUGCUCUAAAUGCAUAUGUAGUCUUUGCUCUUUCUCUCUAUAUCCCUAUUUCUCCGCACUUCUCUCUCCCUCUUUUUCCUCUGACUGUGUAGGUCCGCCCCUACUUAAUUUUAGCAUUUCACCCCUUUUUGAAUUUCCUGACUACAAAAAGUCAGUCUGACAUUUCUCUCUCAGUCUCAGCAGGGGAGCAGGGAAAAUCUCAAGCCAGCUACACAAAGAGAAAACAGGGGGCCCCAUUACUCACCAGGACAGGUCAGUUCAUUACCAACACUGACUCCUGAAGAUUACCAUGGGUAGUUUCGGUUUUGAAUGCUCCAUGACAGAGGAUAUAAAGAAAGGUUGAAAAUGGGUAAAAUCAUAAUAUGAAUCCUUCAUUGUUGCUGUGUGGCUUGGUGCUCUGUUUAGCCUGCUGUGUCACAGUACACACACACAUGCUAAUGGAGGAACAACACAACUCCAACCAAACAUCCAUCAGCUUCCAUGCAUUAAACCAAACAGAUGCGCCUCCAGUCCUCAUAGUUGGCUUGUCAAAAACACCCAAGAAGAACAAGAAAUCGGAAAAGAAUCCAAAAAAGAACAAAUUCAGCACCCGGGUUAAGAGACCUCCACCGCCACCUAACUGUGUGCCUCUGUGUGGCAGCUGCAAGACGCCGAACGCGGUGUGCUGUGAGCCGUGCGCCUUCUGCCACUGCCGCCUGUUUAAGACCGUCUGUUACUGUCGCAUGGGUUACCCGAAAUGCUGAACACCCUGAGAGGAGCCAUCAGUCUCAUGAAGGAUAGUUUGGAGACCCCAAUCUUAAAGGCUUACUUUAAACCCCCCGUGGGAUUAUUCAUUCAUCAUACAAACGUCACCAUGGUCCGAUUAUUGGGAUAGCCUAUUUUACUGGCCAGAGAUUAUGACAGCUGGUCAGAAGCGAUUUGAGAUCAUGAUGAGCGACCUUGGUGAUAACAUAUAACCAUAUAAAUGUCUUAAACUGCUUUUAAAUGUUUUUUUUUAAGCAAUUUAAAAUAAGUAAAAAAUUUCUAACAGUUUUUUAAUUAAUCAGCAGUUAACACUGUCGACGGUUUUGAGAGACAAAAGUAACGUAAAUCAUGUCAGUGUAAAUAUUAAUGUUUGUUUGAACACUUUUCUGUGUUAUAAGCACUUUAUAAAGACAUGCUAACGCUGUCCUGUAACCUGUGUGAGCUGCUAAAAGAAAUUCUUAAAAGAGAGAGCAUCGUUAAGCUACCAUGGCGACCAGUU